AUGAGCUCGCUACCAAUGCUCUCCCUGUACAUGGCUUUGAGCAUUACAAGGCAAAAGAUUAUUCACUUGCACAUGCUCCAUUUUCAGGUAGCAGCUAUGCAGGGGGUCAGUGGGCUGCUGGUGAUGAACCCUUAUACUACAUUGUGUCCCCAAAAGAUGUGAUUAUUGCAAAGCCAAGGUCGAGCUUUAUGCUGAAUAUGAUCCAAAGAUGAUGCUUCCCUUUCUCAGAAGUAGCCAGCAUUAUACACUUGAGAAGGCUUAUGAUAUCUGUGUGAAGAGAGAUUUAUUAAAGGAGCAAGUUUUCAUCCUUGGAAGAAUGGGGAAUGCAAAGCAGGCCCUUGCUGUUAUAAUAAAUAGAGUGGGAGAUAUAGAAGAGGCCAUAGAAUUUGUAAGCAUGCAACAUGAUGAUGAACUCUGGGAUGAGCUGAUUAAGCAAUGUCUUAAUAAGCCUGAAAUGGUUGGUGUAUUGUUAGAGCAUACUGUAGGGAAUCUUGAUCCCCUAUAUAUUGUAAAUAUGUUGCCCAAUGGCUUGAAAAUACCUCGUCUGAGGGAUCGUUUGGUCAAAAUUGUCACCGACUACAGAACAGAAUUUCUCUUAGACAUGGAUGUAAUGACAUACUCAAGGUUGAUUGUGUCAACCUGCUAGUCAAAUACUACAAGGAAGCAAAGUGUGCAAUAUGUUUGAGCGAGGACGUUGAUCAAGCACGCUCCAAAAGAAAUGAGCAGAGGGCUUCACAUUUAGGAGAGAGAGUCAUGAGUAUGAAAUCCAUGGAGGUCUAGUCAAAAACCAGAGGAGGUGGAAGGUGUUGCAUAUGUUUUGAUCCGUUUUCUCUACAGAACGUAUCUAUUAUUGCCUUCUUUUGUUGUCAUGCCUACCAUACAACUUGUCUCAUGGAGUCUACAAUUUCUAUUGGCGGCGAUAAGAAACAGACUGGGGCUUCUUCCAAGGGGAUUAAUUCAUAUUAUGAAUUUGAUAAUGGUAUUGAUGACGAAGAUGACGACGACGACGAUGACGACGAAGAUGCUUCUUCAGGUACCCCUCGGAUGCGUUGUAUUCUCUGUACUACAGCUGCAGGUUGACUAUCUGUUGUUUUUUCCGUUUGUUUGUGGUGUACCAUAGUUUUGUUUGGUGUGUGCAUAUAUCAUGAGCAUGUGUUAUUAUUUAUUAGAUAGAUACUGCUUUCUAAUGUUCUAUAUCUGUAUUUUAGGAAAUUGUUCUGUAUUUAUUGAUCUGAGUCAAAUUCUCUGCUAUCCCUUCAAUUAUUAGGGACGGCUUAACGCAUAAAAUUCUCCAGAUUACUUGUAAGGUGCUGUUCUUUUUGGUUUAAUAAUUCACAUUUCUUCGUCUU